GUACGUAUAUAUAACUACACAAUGUAUGUAAUCAAUCUCUAAUUAACAGAUAAAAAAGAAAAUGGAUCAUGAGGCAAUUCGUGAAGAAGAAGAAGAAGAAGAAGAAGAAGAUCAGAUUCUACCGGGGUUCCGAUUCUUUCCGACGGAAGAAGAAUUGGUACUGUUCUAUUUGCACAACCAACUUCAGGGGUGGCGUAAGGAUAUCCACCGUGUGAUUCCGGUGGUUGACAUUUACGAGAUCGAACCAUUCAAUCUCUCAAGGUAUUCAGGAGAAAGGUGUAGGAGGGACAGUGAGCAAUGGUUUUUCUUUGUGAAGCAACAAGAGCGAGAAGCGAGAGGAGGGAGAGCAAAUAGAACAACGUCGUCGGGCUCUGGGUAUUGGAAGGCGACGGGGUCUCCGACUUACGUGUACUCGUCGGAGAAUCGGGUGAUUGGAGUUAAGAAAACGAUGGUGUUUUAUAGAGGAAAAGCUCCGACGGGAACUAAGACUAAGUGGAAAAUGAAUGAAUAUAAAGCCAUUCAAGACAUUAUUCCUCCUCAUUACCCUUCCUCUUCUACUCCCAUUCCUCAGUUACGACAUGAGUUCAGUUUGUGUCGAGUUUAUGUGGUGUCAGGAAGUUUUCGAGCAUUUGAUCGACGGCCAUUAGAAGUUUACAAUCGAUCAGUACUAUAAAACAAGAUCAUAUAUACACACGACAACCUUUCUUUUACAUUUGGAUUAUCUCAUGAAUCCAAGAUGGUUGAUCAUUUUUUUUUCUAUUUUGUGAUAAUAAUAAUGACAAUACCCAAUACAUCCAUUUUUCUCAUUUGUUUUUUCACCAUGAAAAUAAAGCAAAAAGGAGUCGUUAUAAUUAAUUAUGUACGGAAGUUGACUGAUUAAAAUAAAAGUAUAUUAUUUUU